UUGACUUUUGCUUUCUAUUCUAACAAAAUUCGUCAACUAAUGUUAUUUCAAUCGCGAAUUAAAAAUUAUUUAUUUGAUUACAGCAAGAUUUACAAAUAAAUAAUAUGGAAAGUGAUUUGCCAAUUUGUCGGGUCUGUUUAAAUGCCACCAACGAAUGUAUUGAUUUCCAAGCACCCUUCGAAUCGCUGGGAAAUAAUACACAAGAAAAAGAAUCAGUAUCACCACCAAUCAAUUAUUUAGAAUGCUUGCGUUUAUGUACAAAUCUGCCCAUCGAGGAGUUUGAUGAUGGACCACAAUGUCUGUGUACUGGAUGUGCGGCAGAAUUACAAAUUGUUUAUAAAUUUCUAGAGAAAGCACAAAGUUCUCAAUCAAUAUUAGAGGAAAGCUGGCAGAAUGAUAAUCAAAAUAAUGAAUCUAUGGAAUUGACAGAAAUUUAUAUUGAAAAGUUUGAUAUGGACACAGGAGCCGUGACAACGAAUGAUAACGUUGAAAUAUUAAACCUAUCAGAACCCGAUGAAGAUUUGAAUACGAUUGAGUAUUAUAUUUGGACUGAUGUAGAAGAGGAAAUAAGUGUUACAGAAAACGAACCUAAAGAAUCUUCAAGAAACCAACAUUCAGAUGAAAAAUUGAAUUCUUUACGUGAAAAAACGAGGACAAACAAUUCUAAGUAUCACAAAUGCCACAUAUGCGGUCGUACUUAUAAAACCGUCCAUCACUUAAAAGUUCAUCUUAACUAUCAUAAACGUCGGAAUGUACAAGGACAAGGUCAUACCUGUAGAAUUUGUGGCGAAGAGUUUCGUUUGGAAAUUUUACUAACUGAACAUAUGAUUGAGCACAAAAACAGUCGUCAGAUACAUAAAUGUGAACAAUGCGAUAAGGAAUUUAUCAGUAAAACAGCUUUAAUAAGUCAUAAACGUAUACACCAAGGAGAACCCUUAAAUUGUAACGAAUGUGGAAAACAAUUUAGUGGCACCUAUGAACUAAAAGUGCAUUUAAGAUUUCAUAAACGUGAAAAACAGAAGGAAGAGCAAAAAAAGCUACCAGCUAAACAAUGCAAAAUAUGCAACAAAGAAUUUGCUACACAGCGUUAUCUGAACCAACAUAUGAAUGUGCACCUCGAUGAAAGAGCAACACACAAAUGUAAUUAUUGUGAAAAGGAAUACGUUACCCAAACGGCACUAAACAAUCACAAACGUUUACACGAAGGACAAACAUUAGAGUGCAUGGAAUGCGGGAAACAAUUUACACGUAAUUACGAAUUGGAAAUACAUAUGAGAUUUCAUAAGCGAGAAUAUCCCUUCGAGUGCACUAUGUGUGAUAAGAAAUUUACCAUUAAGGGACACUUGAAAACACACAUGUUGCAACAUCAAAACAUUAAGUUAGAAUGUGAGGAGUGUGGUAAAUUAUUUAGCUCUACGAAAGCAUUAAAUGAACAUUCCUAUACACAUACCGAAAUGCCAUAUCCUUGUGAAUUUUGCAACAAAGCCUAUCCAUCAAAACAAAAAUAUAAAUUACAUUUGGAAAAAAUGCAUUCUAUUGAAAGCCAAGAUCUAGAUUUAUCACAGCUCCAAAGUUUUACAAAUAAGACGAAUUUAAAAAAACGUAAAAAUUUCACAUAUGUUCAAGUUAUAGAGGAACAAGAAGAUAAUGAAGACAGUCAAAUAUAUGAAACCUUAAAUAAAUAAUUUUUAAUUUAAACAAAGUUAAACUGAGCAUGAAUCUGUUAAAUAUUUAAUGCAUUAAUUAGUUAUAUAAUUUGAAAAUUCAAUUUUAUUUUUAGAUUUUCCUUAAUAAAUGAUUAUCUUUUUAUAUGCGCAU